AUGAAGAAGAAGAAGCAGUGUGUAAUGCAAGCACAGUUGUGUAGAUGUGUUAUGACGCUUGAGAUGAAGGGUAGUUCUUCUUCUGGGAUUAUGAUAUCUGUCAAUGGCACCUCUCUUAGUUUUACUCCCAUGGAAUUUGUUAUCAUAACUGGAUUGAAUUGUGUGUCUAAUAGGUGUGACUUUACUUUUGAUGAGGGUGUACCAAAUAGGAUGAUUGAAAAGUAUUUCAAUGGGGCAGAAAUUAUACAGAAAAGGCAACUAUUUUUAGCAUUCACGGAGAAAGGAAUGCCAUUGGCUAUUCAAGUGUGGCUCUAUGAGUGUUGUUCAAAUGUACCACCAAAGAUUGCAUUGAAGGUUGAGAAUCGGAUUUUCCGAUUAUUAAAUUGGAAGACGAUUGUACCUCGCCCACGUUAUGAGUUUUUGAUGAAUUCUAUGUUCAAGGACAACGGCAAGAUUGUAUUUAAGAACAUAGAGCCAACUGAAAUGGAAAUGGCAAAGCUUGAAAUACCAAAUAAGCAUGUAACUGAAGAUGAACGUUCAGUUGAUUCUGACGAUGACUUCAAGGAUCCACCACCAAAGAAGAUCAACGAACGUUCAAAGAAGAAACAGAAGGUGGAUUCAUCAACCCCAGUAGCGAAGAAACCUGUAGGGAAAAAGCAAGUGAAUAUUGAUGACGCGCAUACCCAAAAGAGGACUCCACCUCAUCGUGCUGCCAAGGCUGCUGUAAUGAAGACACCAGUAUUCAAGCCAAUUCCAACACGACAGGCUUCUUCUUCAAAAACAAAGGAAGGGAAGAAAAUAGCUAGGGUUAUUUUUCCUCAGGUUCGUCAAGAGUUUAAAGGAGUUCGUGAACAGUUUACUCGAAUUAGUCAAUUAGUGAAGAAAAAGUUCAAAAAAAUGGAACAACAUGAAAAUACAGAGGUUGAAGCACAACAGAUGGAUUAUGCUGGUGUUGAAAUAUCACCACAACAAUUCAGUCCUAUUGUUGAUCAAAAUUUGGAUGAGAAUCAGGAUAGUACAAAGAUUACUGAUGAGAAAUUGGAUGAUACAAAUUUGUCUGAUUCGCAGUUUAUAAUCCCAGAUGAGUUGUUACCAAGUCUUAAUGCAUACCGAAGAGAAAGCACCACGAGACAUCCAUUGACAACUUCAGAAGAAGAACAAAUCGAUGAAUAUUUUAAUGAUAAGAAGUCCGAAUCUGUUGUUCAAGAGCAUUGUCAGAAAAACAAAGAGAACGUUGGUUCGAGCUCUAAAGCAGACAUGCACGGAGAGGUUGAUGUUGGUACGGAGGAGCUGAUUAUGACAACUCCUAAAACACAAGACUUAACCAUUGAUGAAAAAAGGGAUGAAACAGUUUUGCCUGAUUCACAAGACACAAUCCCUGAUGACUUGCUUCCUAGUUUGAAUGUAUACAGUAGUAAAAGCAUUAUUGUUCAUCCCUCUGCUAAUCGUGAAAUUCAAACUCCUAUUACUAAGUUAAGGAUUAGGCGACCAUCCAAAUUCAAAGAGUCACCUUACAUGAUGAAAUUUGGUUCAGCUGCCGAGAGCUCGGAAGGAAACAUACGUAUAUUCCCACAGAAACAUCCAUUUGUUUAUCAUCCGAUUUAUGGGAUUGUGGAUACAAAAAUUGUUAACAAGUUUAGGGAUUGGAUUUCUGAAGACCUUCUCAAAGUUCAUGCUAAAAGGAAGGGAAAUGUGGAUCAUUACAAAAGGGGGAAAUCAACCAUUCCAAUGAUGCAUUUCAGAAUUGAGACUGUUGAAGAUAAAAACUGGUUCUAUACAAUGGGGUUCCCUGAUCAGUCAUGGACCGACUCGCAUAUUGAUGUUUGCUUCUACUACUUGAGGAAGAAGUCAAAGUAUGACCCCAACAGGUCUUACAUAUUCAGCACAGUAGAUUGUAACUUUAUGAACAUAAUUAGCUCUCUCCAUGAUGUUUAUUCUACGGAUGUUGAAAACCUUAUGGCUGGAGAAAAUAUGGCACAUGUUAAUGAAUACAUAAAUGGAUUCCGUAUGCAUGCUGCUGUGCCAUAG